CCCCAACGCCAAUCCACGUGAGUGAUGGGUAGGAUCUUAGCAAACGCCCAAACCGAAAGCUCUGUCGCUCUGUCUCUGUCUCUCGUCCCUUCACCUCCCUUCGCCCUUGCCAACACUUCUCGUAUCUAAUUCCCUCUCCCUAAUUUCCCUUCCCAACUUUUCCUUUUUAAGUUUCCCGGGAAACAAACAGAAAGAUUCGAGAACCCUUUCUUCGCGGUUUCCUGUUUCCCUAGAAUUUCUCUUUUCGUUUUCUCCUCUCAAUCCCGAAAUCCCUAAUUCCGACGUCCUUCUCUAUUUUUCUUAUUCCGCUUUUUCAUAAAGCAUCAAUUUUUCGUGUAUCAUUUUCUUUCUUUAUGAAUCCGUUUAUUGUAAACUUUGAUCCCACCAGUAUUACAUAACUAUGACGGAGAGAAAUAGCUCGAUGGUUUGGAAUUAGGGUUUUACUUGUUGAGGUUGUAAAAGAUGCUGCCUUGGGGUGGAUUAAGUUGUUGUUUGAGUGCAGCUGCUCUUUACCUUCUUGGCAGGAGCAGUGGCAGGGAUGCAGAUAUUCUUAAAUCGGCCACUCGGAUUAAUCAGUUGAAGGAAUUGGCAAAAUUGUUGGAUUCCGAGUGCAUAUUACCAUUGGUGGUUGCAAUUUCGGGGAGAGUUAGCUCUGAAACCCCCAUCACCUGUGAGUUCACUGGUUUACGAGGUGUAGUUGUGGAGGAAACGGCAGAACAACAUUUUUUGAAACACAAUGAUGCUGGUUCAUGGAUACAGGAUUCUGCUUUGAUGCUUUCAAUGAGUAAAGAAGUCCCCUGGUACUUGGAUGAUGGAACCGGUCGUGUGCAUGUGGUGGGAGCUCGAGGCGCCACAGGCUUUGUAUUGCCGGUCGCAAGUGAGGUAUUUGAAGAGUCAGGGCGGUCCCUCGUACGUGGGACAUUAGAUUAUCUUCAGGGCCUCAAGAUGCUUGGUGUCAAACGAAUUGAGAGAGUACUUCCAACAGGCACGUCUUUGAGUGUUGUUGGUGAGGCUGUCAAAGAUGACAUUGGUACCAUCCGGAUUCAACGACCUCACAAAGGGCCAUUUUAUGUCUCUCCCAAAACCAUUGAUCAGCUUAUUGCAAACCUUGGGAAAUGGGCAAGGUGGUACAAAUAUGCAUCUUUGGGUUUGACCGUGUUUGGUGUUUAUUUGGUUGCUAAGCAUUCUGUCCAAUACAUCUUGGAAAGAAGGCGCCGUUGGGAAUUGCAGAGAAGGGUUCUUGCUGCAGCUGCUAAAAGAUCUGGGGAAGAUAAUGAAGGUUCGAACGAAAAAGAUGAUAAUGUGUUAGAUGGAAGCAAGAGGCUGAUGCCAGAUUUAUGUGUGAUAUGCCUUGAGCACGAGUAUAAUGCGGUUUUUGUGCCGUGUGGUCAUAUGUGCUGUUGUACAACAUGCUCCUUGCACCUGACCAAUUGUCCUCUCUGCCGACGAAGAAUUGAUCAGGCAGUGAAGACUUUCCGCCAUUAGGAUUCUGCUUCAAUUGUUUUUUAGCUGUGAAGAAAUCUUGAUGGUUGAAUGCCUGAGUUGUUCCUCAUUCUGGGAGUUUAACGAAGACCUUGUUAUGCGGUGCAACUGUGCCAGUGCCCCUCCGGUCGGCGGAACUUUUGCCUAUGAGUAAACUCGCAAUGUUAUAUGCUUCUAUAUCCGGAAAUAUUCCUGACAUGGUGCUUUCUCGCGUUGCUGUUGAAAAUUUGUAAAUGAUUAACCGGCGAACAUCCUUGUAUCUUUGUAUAUUGAUGUGAUCUAUAGAAAUUAUGGCCGCUUUUCUUGUUUGGUUUAA